AUGGCAUAUUAUUAUGUCGAAGAUUUAGAUGUAUCUUUGAUUGUGUUGCAUAUGAUACAAUCGUGUUCAAAAUACUUCCCUGUACCCAAAGUCACCGAUGGAAAAGAGCUGCAGUUUAAACUUAGAACUUUGAAUAAAUUAUACACUAUGUGGGUUGAAGAACGAUUAAACAACAGCUCGUAUCAGUCCGAAAUAUAUAAAAGAAUUUGUGAUAUGUUUAUUGAAAAUGUUUUUCGACAUUUAUCACUGUAUUCUAAUACACUUGAUGGCGAAAUAAACAUUGAAAUGAUGUGGGAAUUGAAGCAGCUAUAUCCAGUUUACAAAGUAUUUACAGCAUUUUUAAAUUUAAAGGGCUUUGACGAAGAAAAGCUAAUGCCAUAUUUAGGUGAAAAAUUCAUUAACGCUUUAAUACAACGAAUGGACAAUAGUUGUAUGGAAACUGAAAGAGAUUGCGUGAAACAAAUAUUAUUUAUACUGUUCGAAAAGGCUUUAUACUUGAAAAGAUACAUACUUCAAGGUACUAUAAACUCGCUUUUAGAUUACGGGCACGUGUCAAUCAACGCGGGCGUUAAAGAGUUGCUGGAACUAUUUAAUACUUUAAUGAGUCACAGAUUGGUCAAGUCACCGGUAAUAGCUAAGGUGUUGUCGUCGUUGAUCAAACGUAACGGACUGUGUCAUUAUGCGGGCCGAUUACACAAGUGUUUUAAAACUGCUAUUCAUGAAGUGGACGCUGACUUGGGUGCAUGGUUCGUAGAUAAAGUUAUAGAUCACUGGUCGGCAUCUAUGGCUGAAGUGCCAUUGUUGUGCCAGAUACUGGCAGAGUUAUAUUUUCAAGCAUGUGGCCCAGAGGGAAGACGGCAGACUCGCCAAAAUGUAGUCAGGCACAUGGUUGGCUGCUUGCUAACGGCGGCCGUGAUUGUUGUUGAUGAUAUGACAGUAGCAGCGUGUCUGGCGUACACUGAGUUCUGUGACUUGCUGAUCAACGACGCCUCCGCAAACGAUUGGAGAAAAUUUGACAACGGUGAAGCAAUAGAAUGCGUUGCCAAAGGGCUAAUUGCCGUCUACCGUGAUCACGUUGAUUACAAUUGCGUAAAACAUACAGGCCAUUUACUCAGACGAUUGGUCAGCGAUGAACGAUGUUUGGUUGACGACUCCUGUCGAUUAGCCAUCCUGCAAGUUCUGACUGAAGACCGGCUACAGACAAUGAUUGAAAACCUGAUCGACAACACGUUUUGA